UUGAUUUCAUUUUUUUCACUUUGGAAAGUUUCACUUUUAUGCUGCACCCCUCUCUCUCUCUCUCUCCUCCAUUAAAGCUUGCACUGAUUUGUCCAUUGACUCAGCUUCUGAGCUCUCUCCUCCAUUAAAACAGCUUCAAAGUUACGGCCUGAGCAUGUUGAUUGAACAUAGCUGUGAGGAUAGGGCUUCUGCAGUUGCAACUCUAUAGGCUUGACUGCUUAUUUAGGAAACAAAAAAAAAAAAAUGAAAACUAUUUUCCGCAGUGGGAACCUAAGACAAUUAAACAGUGUGAUGAGGCUUAUUUUAACUACUUUUGUGGGGAUUGUCUUUGGUUUCUUCUUAGGAGUAUCUUUUCCUACACUCUCCUUGACAAAGAUGAACCUUCCUGCUCCUCUUUUUCCCUCAAUUGAUCUGACUUACAUUGAAGAUAAAUAUUCUGGCCUUUCAACACAAGCCCUGUUGAAUGUUUGGUCUACUUUAAAAGGGAGAAAGGUUGGCCCAUCACAUGAUCAGAAUGACACAGCGGUUUGGUUGCCGACAAAUCCACGAGGUGCUGAAAGACUACCCCCAGGAAUUGUGGUUUCUGAGACUGAUUUCUAUCAACGUAGGCUCUGGGGUCUGCCUGAGGAGGACCUGACGAGUAAACCUAAAUAUCUUGUUACUUUUACCGUUGGCUAUGAUCAAAGAGCCAAUGUAGAUGCAUGCAUGAAGAAGUUUUCAGAGAACUUUACUAUUAUCCUCUUUCAUUAUGAUGGGAGGACAACUGAAUGGGAUGAGUUUGAGUGGUCAAAGCGAGCUAUCCAUGUCAGCACUCGCAAGCAAACUAAAUGGUGGUAUGCUAAAAGGUUUCUGCAUCCAGAUGUGGUAGCUGCUUACGAUUACAUAUUUAUUUGGGAUGAAGACCUUGGGGUCGAACACUUUGAUGCUGAGAAAUACAUUGAAUUGGCAAAGAAGUAUGGAUUGGAGAUUUCACAGCCUGGGUUAGAGCCUGACAAAGGCCUAACAUGGCAAAUGACGAAGAGAAGAGGUGACAGUGAGGUUCACAAAGUGACUGAAGAAAAGCCUGGAUGGUGCCCUGAUCCUGUGUUGCCACCUUGUGCUGCGUUCAUUGAAAUCAUGGCACCUGUUUUUACCAGAAAUGCUUGGCGCUGUGUUUGGAAUAUGAUUCAGAAUGACUUGGUGCAUGGAUGGGGCCUUGACUUUGCUUUGCGGAAGUGUGUUGAGCCGGCUCACAAGAAGAUUGGAGUCAUAGAUUCGCAGUGGAUAGUGCAUCAAGGGAUUCCAUCUCUCGGUAACCAGGGUGAAGGCAAUAAUGGAAAGGCACCAUGGGUAGGGGUUAAGGAAAGGUGCAGAAGAGAAUGGACAAUGUUCCAAGAUCGUGUUGCUGUAGCUGAAAAAGAUUAUUAUGAGUCAUUGGGAUUCCCCAUCAAUAACACAGCUCGAUAUCCCACAUUGAUGUAGAUGCAAACGUUUUAGCUUGUUUUGCUUGAUCCUUCGUGAGAAGAAUGGUGCUUAGGAUUUGUAGAUUUAUCUUUGCAACAUUGCAAGUGAUAAAGCGAUUAACUUAUUAGGGUUGCAAUAUGUCCCUAGAAAAGUUUUAACUGUCAAGGAAGGUUUCGAAUGUAAAAAAAUUAGAAAAAAAUUUAUUUAGUUGAACCAAGAUUACAUACAGAAGUCUUUCACACAAAAAAAAAAAAAAAAAAAAGAUUACAUACAGAAGGAAUAGGGAAGGAUUGUGUUUAGGAUAUUUUUUUUGUGUACGCAUUGAGGUUUUUGUACUCAAUUUAAAUAAAACGAACCAUGUACCUC